UUUGCAGGAUUUCUAAACAAUGUGUGUGCACUUCUUUACGUAACUUGAGUUCGUCGAUGUUGAGCUACUUUAUACGUCCUCUACAUUUCACAGGGAGAUAUUAUAGCAACUUCUGACAGCUUUUAAUUACUUUUCAGUUAACAUUUUACACAUAAAACCUCAGAUGAGUUGCUAAAAUGAUAUUUUGUUCUGGUUUUAAUAACUCCCACAAUAGUGGGGUGGUUAAGCUGAACCUGCUCCACAAGAAUAACAGUCUCAUACUAAUUCCAUUAACAUGCCUUUCGGCUGCCGGAUGAGCACAUUUUCUUUUAUUUGCCUUAUCUAAUUUAUUACGGUCGACGAAACACCGAUCAAAUAGUUUGGGCCUAUUAUACGUGAGAGCGCAUCAGCUGACCACGUGACCGCCGCUCUGGGCGUGCGCGCUCCCGAGAGCUGGAGGUUCGGCGUCUCACGAGGCGCGGCUUGUCGCAGCAGCAGACGGCAGGUGAACUCCCGACUCAAUCACAGAAAGGUGUGAGAGUCCCCACUCCCGAAAAUGUCAAACACCGCCCUCAUCCGGCGCAUCCGCAGCCAGCCUCCACCCUCAACCCCGAUACUAGCAUGUUCAAAGUUUUUUUUUUCGAUCAUACCCUUUGCUCAGAUUGCCAUGGGUGCGGUGUAUCUGGACGACUGCCCGCGGCAGCGCUACAUCCCCAUCUAUCUGAUCGUGGCGGGAGUCUUUGGACUGGUGCUGUCGGUGCUCUCCUGCCUGCCCUGCGCCCGAACCCCCGAAGACGGCACCGUCAACCCGCUCACUCGAAUCUGCACGGCCUGGAACUCGUUGACGUCUUUCUUCUUCUUCUGCUGGUUUAUAGCCGGUAAUGUGUGGAUAUACUCUAUUUACGAGCCCAACUACGACAGGAACACGACCAAUGUGGACCCGUACUGCGACCGGAACCUCUACCUGUUUGCCUUCUGGACCACCACCUUCGUCUACAUCCUCCUGGCUCUGUUCGUGGUCGGCGGCUGCUGCGCCUGCUUCUGCGCCUUCCUGUGCGGCCGAGCCGACCCGGACGACGACGUCUAGCGACCGGCGAGGGCGACGAGGAGCGUCUCAUGCGGCUGUUCGACACAACAGGACUAACAUGUUUCAGCUCCACACCGACCGCGUCCGUGCCUUUUUUGUUUCGAUCGCCUCGCUGAGACACGCGUCCGAUGUUUACCGCUGAUCUCAAAUAAGUCUGCAGGUGUUUUAUCGACGCCGAGCCUUUUCCCUCUGCAGAAGCUGCGAUGCAGUCGGGAGGAAUCUCCCCUCACUCCCAUUCCAAAAGGAACUUGAGUUGUAUUUUUGGGGAUAUCAAAUGGGGAAAUCAUUAUGUCGUAUUAAUUUAUUGUCUAUUAGCUUGAAAUGAUGGGAACCAUGAUGAAAGAAAUGCAACAUGCUCAAAGCUGCUGAUGAGCUUAUUCUAUUCUAUAACAGACACAAUAAAUAUAUAUAUAUGUGUAUAUAUAUAUUUAUAUAUUUAUGUUACAUUGGAGCAGAGGUAUUUUCUCGCAAUAGAAAGUGGAGAGGAGAACAUUUAAAAAUAUUAUUAUUAUAAUUCGCCAAUUGUGGAGCAUAAACCUGAGCCCCUCUUUGUUUUGCCUGUUCGGUUUCUUUCGUGUCGUUUACUUUCCUCUGAUUUUCACCUCCCACAGCUCUGGGUUCUUGAGUCGGGUCAGUUGAGCAAUCGGGUCUGGAUGAACACAAAAACUAUAUGUUCGUAUCAUUUUCCUGGAGACAGAGGAAGAACGUUAUAUUAUUAUAUUAUCUCUGUGGGGGCUCUGACUGAAAUAAUUUGAAUUGCAUGAAACAAUAAAGUCAUGAUAAAAGUUAA